UCUUGCUCUUUUUUUUUUUUUUUUUUUCCUACUUCCCAACUUAACUGAGGAGCUAAAACUCUGAAGGAUUCUUUCAUUUAAGGGUUUUCUCUCGGCAGGCUGGCUUUUCUACUUUGAACUUCGGGCUGCUUUCCUUUUUUUUUUUUUUUUUUUUUUUUUUUUUUUCUCGCCCUCGGUUUUUUUGCCUCUCGUUAGGUGACCAUGGCCGUACCGGCUGCUCUGAUCCCACCAACUCCGCUCGUCCCGCCGCCUCCGAUCUCCACUUCCUCCGCCACCACGUCCCCGCCGUCGACAACUUCGUCCCCGUCCCCGUCUCUGGUGCCGCCGACGGGACCCGGCCAGAACCUGUUCAGAUCGGAGCUGCUCGCCACCAGCAGCCCGGGCAUCCCGACCCCGAGCGCGGCGCUGCCCCCGAGCAAGCCCGUCUACUCGACCCCGUCGCCCGUCGAGAGCAUCCCGCAGAACAACGAGUGCAAGAUGGUCGAGCUGCGCGGCGCCAAGGUGGCAUCGUUCACCGUGGACGGCUGCGAGCUCAUCUGCCUCCCGCAGGCGUUCGACCUGUUCCUGAAGCACCUGGUCGGCGGGCUGCACACGGUCUACACCAAGCUGAAGCGGCUGGAGAUCACGCCGGUCGUGUGCAACGUGGAGCAGGUCCGCAUCCUCCGGGGGCUCGGCGCCAUCCAGCCCGGGGUGAACCGCUGCAAGCUCAUCUCCAGGAAGGACUUCGAGACGCUCUACAACGACUGCACCAACGCGAGCUCCAGACCCGGACGGCCUCCGAAGAGGACCCAGAGCGUGACGUCACCAGAGAACCCCCACAUCAUGCCCCACUCGGUGCCUGGACUCAUGUCCCCUGGCAUGAUCCCUCCUACAGGCCUGACGGCGGCCGCGGCGGCAGCUGCCAACGCAGCCAUCGCGGAGGCCAUGAAGGUCAAGAAGAUCAAGCUGGAGGCGAUGAGCGGCUACCACGGCAACGCCAACCACCACGGGGCUGACGGAGAGAAUGGAGACCUCAGCUCCGGCGUCGGAUUCCAAACAAAGUGGACUGCAUGGGUACAAAAUGGAAGUAGGAAGAGAGGAAAUGGCGACACGUGGGAACAAGAUGGGGGCCUGGAACUCCCCUUCAUGAUGAUGCCACACCCCCUGAUCCCGGUCAGCCUGCCCCCAGCCUCUGUCACCAUGGCAAUGAGCCAGAUGAACCACCUCAGCACCAUUGCAAACAUGGCUGCUGCUGCCCAGGGCCAGAGUCUGCCUUCCAGAAUGGUCACCUCUGUUAUAAAGGAACGUGUGCCGGACAGUCCCUCCCCUGCUCCCUCCUUAGAAGACAACAGGAGGCCCGGCAGCCACCCUUCAUCCCACCGCAGCAGCAGCGUGUCCAGCUCCCCAGCCCACACAGAAAGCUCCUCAGACAGGAUACCAGCGCACCACAACGGGCUCUCGAUGAACCAAGCCCUUCUAGGCCUGUCCCCCAACAUUGCCCCUGGGCCUAAAGAGGGAGACCUGGCCCACGACAUGAGCCAUGAAGUGAAAAGGAUGCACACUGACAAAGAGGACAACUCCAUGUGCACCCCAACAGCGAGAGACAGCUACGAGAGGUUGUCACUGGCCGGACAGACUCUGCCUCCGGGUUUCCCGUCGCCAUUUCUCUUCCCAGACGGCCUGUCAUCGAUAGAGACUCUUCUCACCAACAUACAGGGCCUGCUCAAAGUGGCGAUUGACAACGCUCGGGCUCAGGAGAAGCAGGUGCAGCUGGAGAAGACGGAGCUGAAGAUGGAGCUGUUUCGAGAGAGAGAGCUCAGGGAGACUCUGGAGAAGCAGCUCGCCAUGGAGCAGAAGAAUAGAGCAAUCAUUCAGAAGCGUCUGAAGAAGGAGAAGAAGGCCAAGAGGAAACUGCAAGAAGCCCUGGAGUACGAGUCGAAACGGAGGGAGCAGGUGGAGCAGACUCUGAAGCAGCCAUCGCCCUCAGACAGCAUGCGCUCCCUCAACGACUCUCUGACCCCUGAGAUGGAGAGUGACCGCAGCAGUGGAAGAACAGAUGCUGAAAGGACAAUACAAGAUGGAAGACUGUUCCUGAAAACCGCAGUGAUGUACUGAUAAGGCCACGAAGAGCUGGAGGACAGAAAGAUUUUAUAAAAAAAAAUAAAUAAAAGAAAUAAAACAAAACAAAAGGACUGAAAGAAAAACCCAUGAAGGUUUCGGGGAAGCCUCUAACGCAGGCCGAUUUAGUUGAAGGGAGUUCAAGCUGCUCGUAGGUGGAAAUGCUGUGUUCAACCCCCCCGGCCCCCGUCACUCCACCUGAUCCCACCCCAAACACGCUGGAGGAGUCUGAAUGCUCAACGAAGAAGUCUUUCUCAUCGCGGAAGGAAAACCUGAAGUAGUUUGACGAGGCAGGUUUUGACGCGGACAGGUUCGCCGACAAGAAGGAUAAACAUAUAACCGAGCACAGUUAAAAAAAAAAAUAAUAAUAAUAAUAAAGAAUAAAAAAAAAACAACAAAAAUGUACCCGAGGUGCAUUGUUGGUAAUAACUCCUAAUAAGUUCACAGCACUGAAGAUUUUUUAUACUGUAUCUCAGCCAGCGAGAAAGCUUUGAAAUGAAAAUUCGACUGAAGUUUUGUUUUUGUAUUUCAAAAUAAAUCCCGAGGAGCUAAAAAGAUGAAAAAAAAAGUUAAAAAAACAAACAAACAAACAAACAAAAAAAAAAAAAACAGGAACAUUGUGGAGAAAAGGGGGGAUUAAAAAAAUGUGAAUCUGUCCGCGCGGUCAUCAAAAAGAAAGGAGGCCGACGUUUGAUUUUCAUGUUUUCUAAAUUAGAUGAAAAUACAAUCAAGUUCCGUUUUUACCAUCGUUGUAUAUACAAGAGCUAAAUGUUAAAGAUAGGAAGACUCGCAUUCUGCUGAACCCCGAGUGGACUCGUAAGGUAUGUGUAUAUAACGUUAAGAGGUAUUGUGUAUGCAGUAGAGCUAUUAGGCAAACAAUACCACCAUUUAUAUAAACCUUUCUUGUUUUCGUUCUAUCUCUGAGCCAUCAUCCUUUCCUAUAGCUGCCAUUUUCUGGUGAGAAAGCAUGCAGGCAUGUAAAUGUUUGUCCUGGAAUUAUGAUAUUUAAUAAAUCCUAUAUUGUGCUGAACAAAUAACCCGGGGCCGACUCGCCCACGCCCGGACAAUUCUAAAAAACCAUGAUUAACGACGUUUCAGUCUCAAAAACGAAGACUUUCGCUGUUGAUAGUACUGUAAUCUUCGUAACAGAGGUCAUAUUUCACGGAUUUUCCUGUACAUUGUCAUCAUGAGACACUGUUGAAAUCAGCACCCCUUGUCGCUUUGUUUUUUUUUUGUUUUUUUUUUGUUUGUUUUUUUUUUUCUUUUUUGUAAGUACCUGGUCUGAUUAUCAUCACGUGCCAGCUUGGAAAACAAUCAGCUAAGGACGCUACUUUUUAAAAAGCGAAUACCACUUUAUUACAUGGUGUUUAACACAUUUUUGUUUUAGUGUUUCAUGGAUAUCCUGAUGAGAAAAAGAAAAAAGAAAAAAAAAGAAUACUUUCCUUUCCCUAAAGACUUUUGAAUUGUGGUGCUGCAACACCUGUGUAUAUUCUCUAGUCAUAAGCUGAUGUCAGUCCUUUAUCUGCUAAACAAUUUAGACCUUAUGUGUUACAAUCAAAAAGAUGAGGAGGAGGAGGAGGAGGAAGAAGAAAGGAAGCGUAUCCCAUUCACGAUGUGUUUGUUCCUUUUUGUUCUUAAUGGAGUGUCUAAGUCUGUUGUCACUGAUAACUUAUAUAGCUUCUCGAAUCAUCUCUUUCAUUGUACUUCAAAUUCAAAUAAAGUUAACAUGUUGAUGAUAA